GGUAUCGGAAUCCGAUAUAUAAUAUAGGAUAAAAAUUACUGACGGAUAAUUUUGUAUGUCAAAUCGGAUAUAAGUAAUUGUACCUAAUUUCUUAUUGACAGUAGAAUUGUAUCCUACGCUACUAAUAACAUCAAAAGUAAAGCGUUUUCUUUAUUGUUAGAUUGUCUUUUCUAACAAAAAAUUAUUAUUUGCAAAACUUUUGCAAAGAAGCACUUUCCUCCUGUUUUCUCUACUUUCCAAAAAAAUACUGUUUCUGACUUGUAAAAUUUAAUCCUAUAUUUCCAUCAUCAUGCCACCUCCACCCCUUUCAGACUCUGAGUGGGAGGGGGAAGAAUCCAUCGCGGGUGAGGACGGACAGGACAAAUCGGGGCAAAACCCAGUCGGGGAAUACUACGGGGGUCGAAACGACCGAAAGGAACGCCACGGGCGAGGACGAGCCGAGAUGCCGAACGGUGACCUUUAUCUUGGCUGCUACUUCCGUGGGAAGCGUCAUGGCCUGGGCGUCUAUCGCUACAAGAAUGGGAACGGGGCACGAUACGGUGGCGACUUUAAUCUAGGCGUGAAAGCGGGCUGGGGAACAAUGUACUUCCCAGAUGGGUCGCAGUAUACGGGAGGCUGGAGUCAGGAUAGGAUCCAUGGUUGGGGAGUUUACGUGUACCCUAAUGGGGAUGAGUACGAAGGUUGGUGGUACAUGGGUCAAAAAAAUGGACGCGGAAUCUACCGAACAAAACGGACCGGGGAGAAAUUUGUAGGAAAUUGGGUGCUCGGCCUACGUCAAGGGAAAGGAAUGAUUGUCCGGAAGGAGCAUCGCUUCAUUGGCAACUGGUACAACGACUGUCCUCGUGGUCCUGGAGUCUACAUCUUUACGGAUCUUGGUGUCGAGCAGCACGGCCUUUACACGAUGGUCAAGCUCAACUCUGAAUCCAUCCCGAAAUACAAAGCGCUUGGAUAUCAGGUCAUGACCAUUCGGAAAGAGCCCCCACCCACGAAUCCGCUCGAGUUGGAGACCGACACACGAGUUGCGCUCAAGAACGAAAACGCUAAUGGGGAAGACGGGGCUGGAGAAGCGUCUGGCGAUUCGGGAGAGAUGACACCUGCUCCCACAAAAAAGAAACCGUUUUCCGUCAUGGAUAAAACUCCGGAGCAAGAGUUUGACGAAAAAUUGGGCAAUAGAAUGUUUGCCUUGAUCGAAUCGGAAUUAGCUACAGAAGUCAGCAAUCAAAUGCCUGUGACGCCGAUGUGGCGUGUGAUUCAAAUCACUGGAUUAAUGACACCCUGGUUGGAUGAGAACGUGCCUCCCCCACCGAUUCCGGAAUCACCGAAGCCAUUGUUGGAAGGAGUGGAUGAGUUUGACGUGAGUGUACUUAAAUUAAAUAUUUGA